CAUAUUUAUUCAAAUAUUUUUAUGAACAUCAGUAUUUAUAUAUCAAAUAAUUGUAUACAAAUUUAUCAGCUUGAAUAACUUCAAAUACGCAACUACUAGUUAUUUUAACAGCGGCAUUUCAAAAAACCUUGGUCUUGUGAUCAGUGAUCCGUCCACAUUGAUUUGUUUUUGGUGCCUAAAUUUCAGAUACCUACUAAGAUGUCCCAAAACAUUGAAAAUAAAAAGAUAGAUUUAUACAGGGAUACUCCAGUAAGAUAUUUGGGCUAUGCCAACGAAGUGGGUGAAGCUUUUAGGUCGAUUAUAGGAACCAAAUUGGUUAAUUUAAGCUAUGGAAUUGCUACAUUGUAUGUAUUAGCUGAUACUGGUGAUAAAAGUAUGGAAUCCUACAAGGCAAAUAUUAACGAGCCAAACCACAAAAGAAAAGUAGCCUACACCACGGCGGACACCCUUAUUUGGCAACUACUAGCCUCGGUUGCAAUACCAGGCUUCACAGUCAACCGCAUCUGCGCCCUUUCGAAUUAUGCUAUAAAAAAGAGCGAAAUUCUACCGAAAAACUAUAGAAAAUGGCUUGUGACUACCAUAGGAUUGACUGCGAUACCUUUUAUAAUAAAACCUAUUGAUAAAUUUGUUGAUUUCGCUAUGGACGAGAGUUUGAGAAAGUUUCAACCAGAAUAAAGAGAUACCAAAUGGAAUUGUUUGUAGUACAUGUACCUAAAUAAAUAAAUUUUAAGCUGCCAAACCUCCGAAUAAGCAAAUAGUACAAUUAACAUAGGUACCUAUGUAUUUUAUUUCUUUUUACUUACACAUUAUUGCAAAUAAAUUUUACUCUUUACUGUGCAUCG